AGCCCGGGUCGGGAUUUGAAAGAUUAAGAAGUCCCGGCGGAGAAGACGGUGGCGUUGAAUGCGUGGCGGAAGCGUUGGGGACACGGCCUGGCGCGGAGCAGGACAGCGGGCAGCGUCUCCACAGCAUGAAUCACCCGGACUUCGGGUCCCCGCGGAGCCUCGGGUCCUCGCGGAGCCUCGAGCAUAACGGCCGGGGCAGUGGCGGCGCCGCCUGGGAGCUGGGCUCGGAGGCGGACCAGGCGUUCCGCGGUAGUGUCUGCUGCUUCGACCACCUGCCCGGCGGAGACCCUGGCGACGGCGAGGUGCCCCUGGCCCUGCUGCGCAGGGAACCGGGGCUGCACUUGGCGCCGGGCGCGGAGGAUCCCAACCACCACCUGGCGCUGGACCCUUGCCUCAGUGACGAGAACUAUGACUUCAGCUCAGCGGAGUCCGGCUCCUCGCUGCGCUACUACAGCGAGGGUGAGAGCGGCGGCGGCGGCAGCUCCUUGUCCCUGCAGCAGUCACCACUGGUGCCGUCGAACUCGGGGGGCGGCGGGGCGGCAGGAGGGGGUCCCGGGGAAAGGAAGCGCACCCGGCCUGGCGGCGUAGCCGCCCGGCACCGCUACGAGGUGGUGACGGAGCUGGGCCCGGAGGAGGUGCGCUGGUUCUACAAGGAGGACAAGAAGACCUGGAAGCCCUUCAUCGGCUACGACUCGCUCCGCAUCGAGCUCGCCUUCAGGACCCUAGUGAAGGCCACGGGCGGCCUACCCCAGGCCGAGGACCCAGACCGUGACCAUGUGUGUGGCCCGGCCACAACCGCGGGCCCGGCCUCCAGCUUCGAGGAAGAUGACGACGAGGACCGUGUCUGCGGCUUCUGCCCGCGCACCGCGAGGCACGAGCCCGAGAUGGAGCAGCUGGUGAACAUCGAGCGGGUGUGUGUGCGGGGCGGCCUCUACGAGGUGGAUGUGACCCAAGGAGAAUGCUACCCGGUGUACUGGAACCAGUCUGAUAAAAUACCAGUAAUGCGUGGACAGUGGUUUAUUGAUGGUACUUGGCAGCCUCUAGAAGAAGAAGAAAGUAAUUUAAUUGAGCAAGAACAUCUCAGGUGUUUCAGAGGUCAGCAGAUGCAAGAAAGUUUUGAUAUUGACAUGUCAAAAUCCAUAGAUGGAAAAGAUGGCAGUGGAAUCAACUAUUCUGCUGUUCAUAGUUUCAAGUUGAGUCGAAAUCACGUGGACUGGCACAGUGUGCAUGAAGUAUAUCUUUAUAGUGAUGCAACAACAUCCAAAAUUGCAAGAACAGUUACGCAAAAACUGGGAUUUUCUAAAGCAUCAAGUAGUGGGACCAGACUUCAUAGGGGUUAUGUAGAAGAAGCCACAUUAGAAGACAAGCCAUCACAGACUACCCAUAUUGUAUUUGUUGUGCAUGGCAUUGGGCAGAAGAUGGACCAAGGAAGAAUUAUCAAAAAUACGGCUAUGAUGAGAGAGGCUGCUAGAAAAAUAGAAGAAAGGCAUUUUUCCAACCAUGCAACACAUGUUGAAUUUCUUCCUGUUGAGUGGCGGUCGAAACUUACUCUUGAUGGAGACACCGUUGAUUCUAUUACUCCAGACAAAGUACGAGGUUUAAGGGAUAUGCUGAACAGCAGUGCAAUGGAUAUAAUGUAUUAUACUAGCCCACUUUAUAGAGAUGAACUAGUUAAAGGCCUUCAGCAAGAGCUGAAUCGAUUAUAUUCCCUUUUCUGUUCUCGGAAUCCAGACUUCGAAGAAAAUGGGGGUAAAGUCUCAAUAGUGUCACAUUCACUGGGAUGUGUAAUUACUUAUGACAUAAUGACUGGCUGGAAUCCAGUUCGACUCUAUGAACAGUUGCUGCAGAAGGAAGAAUUGCCUGAUGAACAAUGGAUGAGCUAUGAAGAACGACAUCUUCUUGAUGAACUCUAUAUAACAAAACGACGGCUGAGAGAAAUAGAAGAACGGCUACAUGGAUUGAAGGCGUCGUCUGUGACACAAAUGCCUGCCUUAAAAUUUAAGGUUGAAAAUUUCUUCUGCAUGGGAUCCCCACUGGCAGUUUUUUUGGCAUUACGUGGCAUUCGCCCGGGGAACACUGGAAGUCAGGACCAUAUUUUGCCCAGAGAGAUUUGUAACCGGUUACUAAAUAUUUUUCAUCCAACAGAUCCAGUGGCUUAUAGAUUAGAACCAUUAAUACUGAAACACUACAGCAACAUUUCGCCUGUCCAGAUCCACUGGUAUAAUACUUCUAAUCCUGUACCUUACGAGCACAUGAAGCCAAGCUUUCUCCACCCAACAAAAGAACCUACCUCAGUUUCAGAGAAUGAAGGCAUUUCAACAAUACCAAGCCCUGUGACCUCACCAGUCUUGUCCCGCCGACACUAUGGAGAAUCUAUAACAAAUAUAGGCAAAGCAAGCAUAUUAGGGGCUGCUAGCAUUGGAAAGGGACUUGGAGGAAUGUUGUUCUCAAGAUUUGGACGUUCAUCUACAUCACAGACGUCUGAGACAUCAAAAGACUCAAUAGAAGAUGAAAAGAAGCCAGUUGCCUCACCUCCUACUACUACCGUGGCAACACAGACCCUUCCACAUAGCAGUUCUGGCUUUCUUGAUUCUGCAUAUAUCAGACUUCAGGAGUCGUUCUUUAAUCUCCCACAACUUCUUUUUCCGGAAAAUGUAAUGCAGAAUAAAGAUAAUACCCUCGUGGAACUGGAUCACAGAAUUGAUUUUGAACUCAGAGAAGGACUUGUGGAGAGCCGCUAUUGGUCAGCUGUCACGUCACAUACUGCCUACUGGUCAUCCUUGGAUGUUGCCCUCUUCCUUUUAACCUUCAUGUACAAACAUGAGCACGAUGAUAAUGCAAAACCCCAUUUAGAUCCAAUUUGAACUCUUGAAGGACAUUAAUGGCCCAAUACUGAUUUUUUUUUCUGUUAAAGUAUAUGUGUCAAGAUAAUAGAGAUUUCAGGUUUAAGUAUAUUUCAGCUUUGUUUAGGGCAAGAAAUAUUUGACUCUAAAAGCACUUUAUUUUAAAAACAAAACAUUUUUUCGGUCCAAAAAAAGUUAUUUACAGUGUUCAUCACUUUAAUUAUGAGUCUGACAGAACCCCCUGCAGAGAAUCAAGCAAGACCCCGAAGUAAGGAAUGUGUGGGUGAACUGCAGGUUAUAAAUCACAAUUUAAUUUCUCCCAAGUAUAAAAGCAUAUAAAUGGGUUGAGUUUAAUGUAUUAACCAAAAUAUGUUAUAAAUCUAAAAUGGUCAGUGUCCAGUGUGUUCCCCACAAGGUGAUAUCAUUGUUUUAGAUUUCUAUGAAAGCUUCCAUGUCCACAGCUUUGACAGAAGAGUAUAACAGAUUUAAUUGUUUUGAAUUUAACUUGUUUAGCAAAACUAAUACUAAAAAAGAAACAAUAUUUGAACUACUGUAUUUAUAAUUUAUUACCUCUGACUUAACUGCUUUAUUUCAAUGUAUAAAACGUUAUUUUUUUUAAUGUUUCCUUU